CUUACCACAGAGAUCGGCAACAUCAAAGCCGAAAUCGAUAAUGAACUCACCACAAAAAUUAAUUCUCGUGAUGCCAACUACGUGUCAGAGGCGCAGAAUAUCAUUACCAUGAUCAAUGAUAUGUACGAGAAAUAUAAUGAAAUCAAACAGGAUCUGGUCGAAUUCAAUAUUCAAAUAUUAGCUCAACCAUCUGGGUCCACUUUAAAGAAGUAUUUGAUCAAGAAAGGAAUGCAAGAAAUCUUACCUUUGAUGAAAUGU